UUUCGUUCCGUGCGGUUGCGACGUUCGCCAAAAAUUUUCGAUUUCCACUGCAGUUGUCUCGCGAAACCAUAAUCGAAGAGUGUCCCCAAAAGCCCGAAAUGGGGACAGACGACGUGGCCCGCAGUGAAAAGAUCCGAGAAGGUUUUCAAAUCAAUUGGUUGAUCCUGCGGGAUGCCGACACCGGUAAAAUUAUCUGGCAGGAGAACAAGGACUUUUCCUGUCCGGAUGUGGAACACGAAGCCCGGGUGCCGAUAAAGAUUCUAGAUCUGAGGGCAGUAUCGAGGGAAAUCAAUUUCAGCACGGUGGAAUCGAUGGAAAAUUUUCGACUGGAUCAAAAGGUCCUCUUUAAGGGGCGCAUCAUGGAGGAGUGGUUCUUCGAGAUGGGCUGGGUCAGCCCGAACACGACCAACACGUGGCAAUCGACGAUCGAAGCGGCACCCGAGUCGCAAAUGAUGCCCGCCAAGGUGCUGAACGGAAACGUGACCAUCGAAACCAGCUUCUUCGACGGCGAAACGCUCAUCAGUAAGUCGGUCGUGCGGUUGUACUACAUCUAAAAGCCUAAAAAAGCAGUCCGGAAUAAUAAGAUUUAAGUCUAGUCGAGCGCCUUCCCCGCGUUUGAGUGAUUGAACUGGUCGCUGCCAGAAAAAAACCCAGGGAGGUUACUUUCAAUGGAGAAGUAUCAUAAUGUAUAACUUUUAAGAAUAAAACGGCGCAGUACCACUUUUUGCCUCCUAGAGCUUAGCGUGCCCAUGUAGCCGCACACUUACAAUGAUAACUCACUUUAAAUCAUUUGAAAAUAAUCCAAAACCAAGAAAGCAUUUAUUAGUGAGCUGCAAUCAGGUUCCGUUAUGAAUCGAGAUGUAUUACGGUUCUGUCAGAACAAAUCCUCGGAAGCACUACUGGUUGGCAUUUUUACAUUUUUAUGAUAAGCUAGAUAUUUGUUUAGGUUGUAGUAACUAGGUUUAUAUGAAUCUUUUUUUUUCGUUUCACAAAUUGAAAUGCAUUUCAAAACCUGGUUCGAUGUAAUCAAA